UACAGUAGAGAUCGCGUCGUGCAACCCUGAAGUCUUUUUUUCUGAAUUCUCUAGUUCCAUACAUUUCCAUCGACCGGAAAGUGACAAUCCAUCGCGGAUUCAAAGCAGCAAAGCAACGGGUCAUCAGCAAGAGGACCAAAUCUUUCACACAUUCUUGCCUCGACAUCUGACCAUCGGCACUGUGUUUAACAUGGGAUGUGGAGGGAGUGUCCCCGAAAGCACACCCAUCUUAGUGGAAGAAAACAUUAUUGACACCAUGGGUAGAUUGAAAGCGAGCUUGGAGGCCCAUCAUCGAGAAAAUGACAAUGAAGACGAGGCGAUAUACGACAACGCGAUCACUGAUUCCUCCACAUCAGAGGAAAGGAGAAUGGGCCUUUAUUCUGCGGUACUGGCACAUCAAUUCAUGACCAAACGGGUCGUAGAACGAGAUGAUAGUACAACCACCAAGGAAACAUCCAUUGCUGAAGAUUUCAUAUUGAAGGACAAUGCACCUGAUCCUGUCUUGAAGUUUGAACAAACCAAAGUGGUGGUGUCCCCCGGAGACAAAUUGGACGAAUUGGUUCUCUCCGACAUUUUAGAGACCCCUGACAAAUCCAAUUCAAAAGAAUCUGAAACAGAUGCAAAAGAUCCCUUGGUUGACAAUAAUUUGGACAACACGAAUGAGAACACAUUAGAAUAUGGCAUAGAAAAUCAAAAUGACUCACUAGAGGUCCCCGCCAAUGAGCCCGUCCAAGAAACUGAAACUCCAGUAUCCCAAACAAAAUCUGAACAAGACGUAGCUGCAAGUGCAAGUACUAUGGGAAAGGAAACGGAAGUCUCCUUUGAAGAGAAACCGAAUGACGCACCUUCUGACCACCAAGACCUGAAAGACAACGAAUCGAGACAUGUGGGUCCCGAAUCCGAAAGUCCAAUCCUCAACAGUGGUUCCACAAAUGUCCCUGUGAGUCCCACACGUUCCAACUCGGUGGGCUUAGAUACUUGCGUCGAGAAUCCUAUAGCUUUACUUGAACACGAGGGAAAAGACGAGGAAAAGGAAAAAGGAGAGGAGAUCCCAGACAAAGAGCGGAAGUCUUCGCCCAAACCUUCUCAUGACAACAGCAGUGUCAGUGCCCAAGAGGACAGCGAUAGCGCGUAAAGAUACAUCAAACAUAUUCAAAUAUUGUGAACACUGUUGUGUAGAGCAAAUAUAAUACACUAUUGGA